AAAGGACGGGACUCUUAUUGUGACGUUCUAGCUCCGGUAAAUCUUAAUUGUGCCUGAUUCACUUACCUGUUCCAGAAACAGAGCUGACCACAUUUAGUAGGCUCAGAGUUAAAGUUAGGAGCUGACCUUCAUCCAAGUUAAUCUUAGUUCUUCAAGUCUUCAUAGUACAUUUUCUCACAGUCAAUGAUGAAACACUGUAGAUGUAUAUGUAAACCUUAAAGGGGAUGUCCAGUAAAUGUGAAUGUGAACCUGUGAAUACACGUGAAUACAUGUGAAUUCAGAUCUGAGCUUCUUCAGUAAAUGUUAUCAUCACCUUUAAAAAUAAACCUCAUCGUCUCCUCAUCAUUCCCUUACCUGGCAUUCUAAUCGAUGCCCCAUCUUGGAUAACUCCUAACACCUAAACGAACCUCAUAUCCCUAUAGCCUUCCCAAUAUUGGUCCUUCGAGCCGGAUCGGAGUAUUCAAGAUGGAGUAUGGUGAAGAGAUGAUGCCUGACGUGCGUCCCAAACGGCAAAUACGUCGACCUCCCUGGCUUGAUGAUUAUGAGGUGGACUAUCACAUGGGCUCAACAGCUCCCUCAGCAGGGAUGUAUUCAAAUCAUUCAAGUCCUCUAACCUCACAUACUCGUCCCAGUAGCCGCCAGAGGGAUGCUGCUUACACCGAGAUUCCUCAGCUAGCCCUCAGCUACCCCCAAGGGAGAGAUCUGACCAGUGAGGACCUCCUACCUGAAUACCCUCACCUGCAACGCUCACACCUAGCCUCCCACUUCACAACAGAGUUGAGAGCCAUCCAAGAGGAGAACGCUAAGCUGCUUCAAACAAGGCACCAUGUUGAGUCAGGCAUAGCAGAGCUCAACAAGGCACGAAGCGAGAUUAAAGAGCUAAUAGAGGUGGCACGCUUACUGAGAACAGACAUUGGGCAGUCCAAUGCCCCUGCAUCGAACUACCACACAUACCAACCUCCACCACCCAGUGCUGCAGAUACAAGUCGUUUCCUUGUUGUACAGCCUAAUGACGAGGAGGAGGAAGAGGAAGCGUGGCCCGACCCUCCAGUGUGGUGCAAGCCUGAGGAGGAACUGAAUGAAGGCAUGUACAACUUAAAGCUUGAGGCACCAAAGCCAGGCUACAGCCAACCCCCUUAUGCCUCAUUACAACCUUCGUACACGCCUUACAAGCUCCCACCUCCGAUGCAGCCUCAACUCCCACCUCCAAUAUCUGUGGCUCGUAGAGGGGUACCAGCCUACUACACGCAUGCACAGUACCCCCAACCUCAACCUCCUGUGUCAUUCUCACAGCCACUUGCUCAUCCUACUCCAGCCUAUGCCCAACCAUGGCCUGCAUCACCUAGCUCAGCGUACCCUCCACCAUUAGUCCACAGAGUGGGACCUGCUGCGCCCACACCUUACCUACCUCUGCAUUCCUCAGUGCCUGAAGAGCACUAUAGGGGUCCAAAACCCACUAUCCCCAAGUUUGCUCGCCCAGAUCCUAGCGACUUUGCUCGGCUACGUAUAGCUCUGGGGAACCUGCUCCCAUCUAACGCUACAGAACUCUUCAAGUACCAAAUACUUGUAGACCACCUGAAGCUAGAUGAAGCUAAGCUCAUUGCUGAUGCCUACCUAAACUCACCGACACCUUACUCUGACACAAUGUCUGCUUUAUACGAUAAAUUCGGUCAACCUCAUCAGCUUGCCAUUAGAAGAAUUCGGAGUGUCCUGGGGGCCCCUGAAGUUAAGCGCGGUGACAUACCCGCCUUUGAGGCGUUCUCACUCCAAAUUCAGUCACUUGUGGGCCUACUGAAGACCGUAGGACCUGAAGGGGAGAUUGAACUCCACUGUGGCUCACAUGUAGCCAACCUCCUCAGCAAGCUCCCUCCUGAACUACGAGCUAACUUUCGCCGAUAUCAGUUAAAGCAUUCCAGAGCUGUCCACACGUUGCACAACUUGUCAGAGUGGCUCCGCCAUGAAUCAUGGUGUCAAGGCACCGAUGAGUUGGCCCCUGAGAAAUACAGUAAGGAGAAACAGAAUACAAAGAGUGAGGGCCGUCAGGCAAAGAAGACAGUAUCAGUCCUGCAUGGUGCUGGUGAAGUUCCACAGUCCGCUUCCCAGUCACCUGCGAAGAAGAAACCAAAGCCCAAAGCCUACUGUGCCUACUGCGAGAGUACAGAGCACUACCUCAGUCAGUGCACUGGAGUAGCUAAGCUCUCCAAGGAUCAGCUAAGAGAGUGGAUCCAAUCCAACAAGCGUUGUUGGCGCUGCGCACGAGCUCACCAGGCAGCGCAGUGCACGCUUAAGAAACCCUGCAACGUCUGUCAAGGGAAGCAUCUCCUCGCCCUCCACGAAAUAAAUGUGAGGACUGACAAGGCUCCGAGGAACGUGUCAGCAAAGGAAGAUGGCUCCGUGAACAGUACUGCCUCUGACACACUCUACCUUGAUAGACCUGGAGCAAGCAACCGUGCUCUGCUAAAAGUUGUCCCUGUGCUUGUUCACUGCUGUGGAAGGACCUUCAAUACCUUUGCGAUCCUCGAUGAUGGGUCUGAGAGGACAAUGCUGUUGCCCUUGGCAGCAAAAUCCCUCGCAUUACGGGGAACGCCUGAAGUCCUACCAUUGCGCACAGUCCGUCAGGAUAUCCAGGUGCUCCACGGGCACACGGUUUCGUUCCGUGUCUCUCCUGCUGCCACACCUCAGGUCAGUUACCAGAUAGAUGGUGCCUUCACCGCAAGCCGUCUCACUUUAGCCCAAUAUACUUACCCUAUUGAGCACCUUCAACGCAAGUUCAGACAUCUGCGUGGCAUCCCCCUACCUGCCUUCCAGGGAGCCAAGCCAUGUCUCCUGAUCGGCUCUGACCAGCCUCACCUAAUAACCCCUGUCGAACACGUACGACUUGGCCCACCGGGUAGCCCAGCAGCAGUUCACACUCGCCUGGGAUGGACUCUUCAAGGCCCUAUCCAGCCCAUGGGCCGGACACCGCACACCACAGAGUGUCUGUUCAUCUCUGCCACUCCACCGCAGGAAGAGGUCCUCAAGCAUGUCCAACGACUCUGGCAAGUGGACGCGCUACCUCACCAGCGAGAAAAGGAAGUAUCCAGGUCAAAGCAGGACAGGCAGGCUGUCGCUCUGCUUGAAGCUGAGACGGUCCGCACUGAAGUGGAAGGAGUCCACAGGUAUUCUACUCCCCUACUGCGCCAUGCAAAUAUGCCUCCACUGCGUGCGCCUAAAGAGUCAGUGAUGCCCUUGCUGCGUAGUACGGAGAGGCGCCUCCUCAGAGACCCCCAGCAAGCAGAUGCGUACAGGAUUGAAAUGAACAAGCUAAUUAAAGACGGUGUGGUAAAGGAAGUCAGCGAGGAAAGCUCCUCGAAGGAAGGCUGGUAUAUCCCUCAUCACCUCGUGAGCCACAACGGGAAGAACCGCCUGGUCUUCAACUGUUCACACCAAUAUCAGGGACAGACGCUGAACCAGUACCUCCUGCCUGGUCCCACCCUUGGUGCCUCCUUGCUGGGAGUCCUUGUGAGGUUCCGGGAACACUCUGUGGCAGUCAGUGGAGACAUCAAGGGGAUGUUUCAUCAGGUCUGCCUCCUUCCUGAUGAUCGUCCCUUACUAAGGUUCCUGUGGCGUGAUUUGAAGAUCAGUGAGCCCCCUAAAACCUUUGAGUGGCAGGUUCUACCAUUCGGUACUACCUGCAGCCCCUGCUGCGCAACGUAUGCACUCCAGCGCCACGUAGUUGACCACACCAAGCCUGAUAACAGCCUGAGGUUCUCUGUGGAGAACUGCUUCUACGUGGACAACUGCUUGCAGAGUGUACGUUCCACAGAGGAAGCCAAGCUGCUAGUGGAUCGACUCCGGGAACUGCUGGCCUCAGCAGGCUUCCAGCUGCGUCAGUGGGCUUGUAAUGAACCCAGCGUCCUGAGCCACUUACCUCAAGAAGCCAGAUCAGAAAGUCUUGACCUGUGGCUUGCCCAGGAUAAGUCCAACCCGCUUGAGUCCACCCUCGGCCUCAGCUGGAACUGGCAGACAGACACUUUCGGCUACAAGCACAGGCCAGUCGUAUAUGAUGCCCCAACGUUGCGCAACAUAUACCGAGUCGUCGCCACCCAGUAUGAUCCCCUAGGCUACCUGUUGCCCUACUCUACCAGAGCAAAGCUCAUCAUCCGACAGCUGUGGGACAAACAGCGUGGCUGGGACGACUCCAACCUACCAGCUGAUCUCCUGCAAUUGUGGUCCACCUGGGAAGGUGAACUGAAGUACCUACCCCACAUCGCCUUUCCUCGUCCUUAUGCCCCUCCCAAAUUCAGCCUAGAUGGCGCUGCACGUGAGCUGCACAUCUUCGCAGACGCUUCCGAGCAAGCUUAUGGGGCAGUGGCCUACAUGAGAACUGAGGAUGUCGAUGGCCAUUUGGAUCUGUCCUUCAUCCUUGCUCGCUCUCGAGUAGCGCCAAAACGCAUGCUGUCUGUUCCUCGCUUGGAACUGUGUGCUGCUCUGGUUGCAGCACAGCUAUCCUGUGUCCUCCAGAAAGAGCUGACAUUGCAAGUGGCCCGUACUGUAUUAUGGUCCGACUCCACUACAGUACUAACCUGGCUACACUCCCAGUCUUGUCGCUAUAAAGUUUUCGUAGGGGCAAGAGUAGCCGAAAUCCAAGAGUUAACGGAGAACUGCACCUGGCGCUACGUUGACUCAGCGAAUAACCCUGCCGAUGAUCUGACUAGGGGCAAACCUCUAGAAGCCCUUGUGGAGCCCAACCGCUGGUCCCAAGGACCUCCGUUCCUGCUCCAGAGCCCAGACACCUGGCCCAAGCAGCCUAAUGCAGAGCCACUUGAGGACAAUACCGAGCUGCGCAAGUCUGCGUUCUGCGGUGUGGCAGUCACCUCACCCAUGACUCAAGCACCUGAUACAUCAUACAGCACCUGGCAAGAGCUCAUGGAUGAUACUGCACGAGAACUCCAACCGAACCCCAGCAGUUCUAAACCUACUGCUGAGGAGUAUCGCCAGGCCGAGGUGAUCAUUCUCCAGCGAGCUCAACAGCAGUCGUUUCCUGAUGACUACCGAUUACUCUCAGCCGGGAAACCUGUCCUGUCCGGUAGUCGCCUUGUUACCCUGGCUCCUGAGAUGGACAAGUCCAUGGCCCUUAUUAGAGUCGGUGGACGACUCAGGAGACUGGAAGGGGAAGGUGACAUGACCCUGCACCCUGUUGUCCUGGAUGCCUCUCAUCCGAUUACACGCCUGCUCAUCCAGAAGUUUGAUGAAGACCUGCACCAUCCUGGUCCCGAGCGCGUCUUCGCGGAGCUGCGUCGGUCAUACUGGGUGAUACAUGGAAGAGAGGCGAUCCGAAGACACCAGCGAACCUGUGCAGAGUGUCAACGCUGGAGAGCUCAGCCAGCUGUCCCAAAGAUGGCUGAUCUUCCCGCCUCCCGCUUACGGCUGCAUAAGCCGGCGUUCCAUUCCACCGGCGUGGACUGCUUUGGCCCCAUGAUUGUGAAGGUGGGCAGGCGCCAUGAGAAACGCUGGGGAAUACUCUUCAAAUGUAUGACCACCAGAGCGGUACAUUUGGACCUCCUGAACACUAUGGAUGCUGACGCCUAUCUCAUGGCCCUGAGGCGUUUUAUUGCGCGGAGAGGCACUCCAGCUGAGCUCUGGUCCGACCGAGGGACUAAUUUCAAAGGAGGUGAAAGGGAACUGAAGGAAGCCUUUGACAGCAUGGCGCCCACGUUGCAGAUGCAACUAGCUCGCCAGAGGAUCAAGUUCCACUUUAACCCCCCCGCAGCCCCACACUUUGGGGGUGUGUGGGAAAGAGAAGUGCGUUCAGUUAAGUCUGCACUCUACACCUGUGUAGGGUCUCAACCAGUCCCUGAAGAGGUGCUCCUUACCGUACUCCUGGAGGUUGAGGCUAUCCUCAAUGCCAAGCCAUUGGGCUACGUAUCUGCCGACAUUGCAGAUGUCGAUCCGGUGACCCCAAAUAGCCUCCUCAUGGGGCGGCCUGAUGGAUCACUUCCCCAGGUGGUCUACCCGGAGUCCGAGAUCCUGAGUCGUCGGAGAUGGCGGCACUCGCAGAUCCUGGCGGACCACUUCUGGUCCCGAUUCAUCAGAGACUACCUCCCCAGCCUGCAGACCAGACAGAAAUGGCACUCUUCUCCUCCCGGGCUCCUGGACAACGCUGUCGUCAUGAUGGUGGACCCGCAGCUUCCCCGGGCCUUGUGGCCUAUUGGCCGCGUGACCCAGGUUCAUCGCAGCGAUGACGGCUACAUCAGGUCCGCUGAUGUUCUAAUCAAAGGACACACCUACACCCGACCGGUGGCCCGGUUGGUUCUACUGCCAGCCCUCCCGCCUGGGGAGGACGAUGUUUCUCCAUCCAUGGACCCUCCUGCCUCCUGAUUGAGUAUCCUUUUAUUCGUUGCAAUUGUGCCCUGCACAUUUGGGGGCGGCUGUAUAAAAGGACGGGACUCUUAUUGUGACGUUCUAGCUCCGGUAAAUCUUAAUUGUGCCUGAUUCACUUACCUGUUCCAGAAACAGAGCUGACCACAUUUAGUAGGCUCAGAGUUAAAGUUAGGAGCUGACCUUCAUCCAAGUUAAUCUUAGUUCUUCAAGUCUUCAUAGUACAUUUUCUCACAGUCAAUGAUGAAACACUGUAGAUGUAUAUGUAAACCUUAAAGGGGAUGUCCAGUAAAUGUGAAUGUGAACCUGUGAAUACACGUGAAUACAUGUGAAUUCAGAUCUGAGCUUCUUCAGUAAAUGUUAUCAUCACCUUUAAAAAUAAA